CAUGCGAACUGUCAAAGUCGGUAGUCAAACUUUUCGCAGCAGAAGAGAGAUACUGUAACAAACGAAAGAGACAUCAGCUAACCUGCCAAAAGGAUCACUUGACUUUGACAGCUUUAGCCGAGGCUUACUUUCGUUUCACUUGAUUUGGAAUUUUAUCGAGUUUCUUCGUGAUCUCCUGAAACGAUGAUGUACUCCGCUUUCAACACCGAUUGUGACUCUUCUUCUCGCUGUAGUACAGCUUCUCCAUCCGGCGACAAGCUGGUUUACUUCAACUCUCCUGAGGGAUCCUACUCCAGCAUGGGCUCUCCCCAAUCUCAGGACUUCACAGACCUGAAUUCAGUGUCCAGUGGUCCGUCCUUCAUCCCUACUGUUACCGCCAUCUCUGCCAGCCCAGACCUGCAGUGGUUGGUCCAGCCGCUAUCCUCUGUGGCACCUUCUUACAGAGCCCAUCCCUACAGUGCCAGCCCCCCAACCUACACUAGAGCCAUGAGGAACAAGGGCCACAGCUCUGGGCGCAGAGGCAAAAUGGAACAGCUUUCGCCUGAGGAGGAGGAGAAGAAGCGAGUCCGUAGAGAGAGGAACAAGCAGGCAGCAGCUAAAUGCCGCAACAGGAGGAAGGAACUCACCGACACUCUGCAGGGUGAAACUGACGAGCUGGAGGACGAGAAGUCCGCUCUCCAGAACGACAUCGCCAACCUGCUCAAAGAGAAGGAGAAGUUAGAGUUUAUCCUGGCAGCCCACCAGCCCAUCUGCAAGAUCCCCUCUGAUAUGGACACGACUUUCCCCUCCAUCUCUCCCUCCCAUGGGGUCUCCAUCCAGCUGUCCCCACCACAGAGCAUGGUAUCCAGCUCUGCCGCUCCCCUCGCCUCCAUCCAGUCCACCUCCACCCUCUCAACCUCUGCCUCCAUGUUCUCCGGCAGUCCCUUCCUGUCCACUGUCUCCGACGUCAAGAUGGCCGACCUGGACACAGCCUGCCUGGAGUCCCUGUCUCUCCUCGUCAAGACGGAGAUGGAGACGGCCCGGUCGGUGCCCGAGGUCGAUCUGACCAGCUCCCUGUACACCCAGGACUGGGAGCCUCUCUACAGUACAGCCAAUAAUGACUUUGAGCCCCUGUGCACCCCUGUGGUCACCUGCACCCCAUCCUGCACUACCUAUAAGUCUUCAUUUGUCUUUACCUACCCAGAGGCUGAGGCUUUCCCUACCUGUGGUGUAGCACACCGGAGAGGCAGCACCAGCAAUGACCAGUCCUCUGAUUCCCUCAGCUCCCCUACCCUCCUAGCCCUGUGAGGAGAACUUCAAGUUGCGUUACCCAAAUGGCUCCCUAUAUAGUGCACUGCUUCUGGCUCUGGUCAAACGCAGUGCACUUGGGGACCCCCCCCCCCCUCCCCCUCUUCCACACAACACGACUUCCUCUAGAGCACAUUUGGCACUUCAUGUACAGUGAUAGAUGUGCAGAAUGAUCGCAGGGCUAUGGACUUGGACACACAACCAGGAAGCCGACACAUUUGAUUUGUUUACCAAGUUGUCUCGACUAUAAUCGGUUAUUACUUGCCUCUUUCAACUAUGUAGCAAGUUAAAGCAUGUUUAACUUAUAACACAAUAGUUUGGGUUUACAAACCGUAUAUUGAUUUUAUGGCUCUAGAUAACAAAGUUGUUGACUUGUUCUUCAGCGCAAUAUAGUUAUCUUGACCGGUUUUGUUUUCUGGUUGAUGGAAUGUGAACUUGUUUGUGGUGUGUGUGUGUAUGUAUAUAUAUAUAUUACACACACAUGAUGCGCUUCUCUAACCAUGGUCUGAGUGGUCUAUCUUAGUAUGAGAGUUUUCUGUGAAAACGUUAGUAUUUAAUUUAUUACAUGUAUUUAAAUGAACUACAAAGCAAACAACCUUUGUAAACCUAACAAAUAAAAAGGAAAUGAAAUAUUUAAAAAUA